CCUGACAGCGGCUGCAGUCCCGUGACACAUUUCAUCGGAACUUUCUUGGGCAAAGAAGGAGCGAUGUUUCCUGCUCCCCCCACACGUACUUAACAUUCGCCCACGGACAGCAACACAACGCAUUUUGAGUUUUCCCGACUUUUUAUUUUUAUUUUACCGAAUCGAUACCCGGAGACUUCUCGUUGUACUGACAGUUUUAGAUGACGUGGAGCGAAAUGGCCUCACUGGACCCACGAAAAUAAACGAACGCAGGAUGAAAAUGCUGUAAGAAGUGACUCACGAUGGGAACGGGCCAGUUGCAUACUUGAAGUCCAUCUUAUCCUGAGGAGGACGCAUUACUUUUGGACCUUGUGCCUUUAAAUGCCGACAAAGAUGGAGGAGCAAACCGGUCAACCCAACGUCAGCAUUCCCUGCCACAACGAGCAGAGGGACAAGAAAAAGCGUUACACCGUUUACAAAGUAAUCGUUAAUGUGGGCCAGCAGGAGUGGUUUGUCUUCAGGCGUUAUGCAGAGUUUGAUAAACUCUACAACAUAUUAAGGAAACAGUUUGCGACUAUGAACUUGAAGCUUCCCGCUAAGAGGAUAUUUGGGGACAAUUUUGACCCGGUGUUCAUCAAGCAAAGGAGAGCCGGGCUGCACGAGUUCAUCGAGCGAAUCGUCUCAGAUCCUCAGCUUUGCAGCCAUCCAGACGUGAGGGCCUUUCUGCUGAUGGACAAAAUGCAAUCCUUUUCUGAUGCAUCUGAGGACGAGGACGACAAAAACAGCCCUACCUCCAGAAACAUUAACCUGGGACCCUCUGGAAAUCCACAGGCCAAGCCCACAGACUUUGACUUCUUGAAAGUGAUAGGAAAGGGCAGUUUUGGGAAGGUUUUCCUCGCCAAACUAAAACAUGAUGAAAAGUAUUAUGCUAUCAAGGUUUUACAGAAGAAAAUCAUUCUCAACAGAAAGGAGCAAAAACACAUCAUGGCCGAGCGCAACGUGCUGCUUAAGAAUGUGAAACACCCUUUCCUAGUUGGGCUUCACUAUUCCUUCCAGACCACAGACAAGUUGUACUUCGUCUUGGAUUUUGUCAAUGGCGGAGAACUUUUCUUCCAUCUUCAAAAAGAGCGGACCUUUCCGGAGCCCAGAGCAAAAUUCUACAUUGCUGAGAUUGCCAGUGCGCUGGGCUAUCUGCAUUCUCUCAACAUUGUUUACAGAGACUUGAAGCCAGAAAACAUCCUCCUUGACCACGAGGGGCACAUCAUUCUGACGGACUUCGGAUUGUGCAAAGAAGGCAUUUCCCAGACUGACACCACCACCACUUUCUGUGGAACGCCAGAGUACUUGGCUCCAGAGGUGCUGAAGAAGCAGCCGUAUGAUAAUACGGUGGACUGGUGGUGUCUGGGUUCAGUGCUGUAUGAAAUGCUUUAUGGACUGCCGCCAUUCUACAGCAGGGACACGCAUCAAAUGUAUGACAACAUUCUCCACAAGCCGCUGGUGAUGCGUCCUGGUGCGUCCAGCACAGCCUGGUCUCUCCUCCAGGGCCUGCUGGAGAAAGAGGGCACACACAGACUGGGCUCCAUGGAUGACUUUAAUGAGAUCAAAGCACACAGCUUCUUCUCCUCCAUCAACUGGGAUGACCUUGAACAGAAGAAGAUCCCUCCCCCAUUCACGCCCAAUGUGAGCUCUUACUGUGACAUCUCAAACUUUGAUCCGGAGUUCACAGAGGAGAUGGUCCCCAACUCCAUCUGCUGGUCUAAAGAACAUUCCGUAGUCAACGCCAGUGUGAUGGAGGCCGACGAUGCCUUUGUGGGCUUCUCUUAUGCCCCAGCUUCUGAUGACUUUUUCCUAUGAAACAUUCCCAAGGUCUUUGGUUGCCUUUACCAGUAUAACUUCUUUCGAUUGAAGGGAAGAGUUCUUACCGUGGACUAACUUGUUGUAUGAAGCCAAAGCAAGCAGCUGAGAGGAAACAGCACUUAAAACAUAUUUUGGUUUGAACAAAGAAUGCCAGAACAGUCUUUAUUUUUUACAAAUUUGUAUUUAUAAAUAUAUAUAUAUAUACAUGACAUAUUAUAUUUUUAAGAAUUAAGGACAGCCAUCCUCUAUUAUUUGUUAUAUCUGGUUGUUUCUAAAAUAAGCCUUUUUAAAGCCUUAAAAUUGUCCCUUAGAUGAAAUCAAUAAGCGGUUUUCUGAACAACUUGAACAAUUCACUGGACUUAAAACCACACCAUUUGAUGGAUGUGUUUGUCCAUGUAAUUACUGUAAAAAUACAAUUAUGUACAUUUUCAUUUUAACAAAGCUGGAAAUAGGGAAUACUUGAGAGACCACUAAAUAAAGCAUUUUGGUUUGUAGGUUGCAUUUGUAAAAAUAUAAAACAUUGUUUUUUUUUGUCACUUUACAUAUUGAGUGAUUAUGUUUUAUGGGACUGUUUGUGUUUGUUUUCUAGCUAUUCUUUGCCUUAAAAAAAUAUUCAGAAUUGCAGAAAUAAAAAUAUCCACAAUGCUUUGCUUAGCCUGGCAAUUAGGUAGGCUUAUA